CUUGUCUACUUCCAACGCGGAAUCGCAGUUGCACUUACACCCGGCGGCUAUUAUCUCCUUCUCCAACUUGCUCACGCUUUAAAGAUAAGCUUAAUGAUGCAAAGCAUUUCUAAAUUUUCUGCAACCACUCAAUGCUAAAUUUUCAAAAUCUCGCUCUUCUGCUGACGCUGUUGUUUCUGCUAUGGAAGCCUGCCAUAUGCAAAAAUGGGUGCACGGAAAAGUGUGGCGGCAUCCACAUUCAAUUCCCAUUUCACCUCAGAAAUAGCAAGUUCAAUCACACCACGGGCUAUCCUCGUGGGUUCGAUCUGCUGUGUACCGAUGCAGGUGAGACUGUGCUGGAUCUGCCUUCUGUUCCAAUAAAUUUGCUUGUAAAAGACAUAGAUUACAAGUCACAGCAAAUCCAACUCUACGACCCUCAAAAUUGCCUUCCUAGGGAACUCAUGAAGCUCGGCAAUUCCUCUAUUUCACCAUUUAAAUUCGAAUCAUAUGGGGACCGGAAUGUUUCCUUCUUCCGCUGCAACUCAGUGUCAUGCCCAAUUUUGCAACUUGAUUCUGGAGAUGACUUUCUUAAUCCUGAGAUAGUAUCGUGCACUAAGUUGAGUGAGGUUUACUCCGUCCAGUGGUAUGUACGGGAUUACUUGAAGAACAUCGUGGUUGCGGAAUGGACCAACCCCAAUUGCAGUUCCUGUGAAGCACAAGGAAGUAAAUGUAGAUACAAGAAUGGUACCCAAAGUGAAAUUGAAUGUUUCGUUUGCCCCACAAACGGCCUUCGAACGUCAACUAUUGUACUUAUUGUAGCAGGGGGAAUUGCUGGUUUCAUUCUUGUGCUGCUUUUGGCCAAGGCUUUGUUUCAUGUGCAUGACCAUUAUAAGAUGAAAGGAGAAGACCAAGCUCGGAUAGAGAAAUUCUUGGAGGAUUACAAGGCAAUGAAGCCUACCAGAUUCACUUACGCUGACAUUAAGAGAAUCACAAAUGGGUUUAGUGAGAGUUUGGGAGAAGGAGCUCAUGGAGCAGUGUUCAAGGGAAUGCUCUCCCGUGAUAUUCUCGUUGCUGUGAAGAUACUCAAUGACGCAGUUGGAGAUGGAAUGGAUUUCAUUAACGAAGUGGGAACAAUGGGUAAAAUUCAUCAUGUCAAUGUUGUUCGCUUGCUUGGAUUCUGUGCUGAUGGAUUCCACCGUGCUCUUGUUUAUGAUUUCUUCCCAAAUGGGUCACUGCAGAGAUUCUUGGCUCCACCAGACAACAAGGAUGUUUUCCUUGGUUGGGAGAAGUUGCAACAAAUUGCUCUUGGUGUUGCCAAAGGGAUUGAGUAUCUCCAUCUGGGUUGUGAUCAUAGAAUACUUCACUUUGACAUCAAUCCUCACAAUGUUUUGAUAGAUGAUCACUUCAAUCCAAAGAUCACUGAUUUUGGACUUGCUAAAUUGUGUCCUAAAAAUCAAAGUACUGUGUCUGUGACUGCAGCCAGGGGAACCUUAGGCUACAUUGCCCCUGAAGUUUUCUCAAGAAACUUUGGUAAUGUGUCUUAUAAGUCUGACAUUUACAGUUAUGGAAUGUUGCUCCUGGAAAUGGUUGGAGGAAGAAAGAAUACAAAUAUGUCAGUGGAGGAAAGUUUCCAAGUUCUGUACCCUGAGUGGAUCCAUAAUUUGGUGGAAUCACGAGACGUGGAAGUUACAAUUGAGGAGGAGGGAGAUGUUAAAAUUGCAAGGAAACUUGCCAUUAUAGGACUUUGGUGCAUUCAGUGGAACCCAGUGGACCGUCCAUCCAUGAAAACUGUUGUACAAAUGCUUGAAGGAGAUGGAGACAAGUUAAUUGCACCACCUACUCCUUUUGAUAAGAGCGGUUCCUCAAGAACAAAUGCAGUUGUUCAAGCAAGACACCAGAAUUUCGAGUUGGAAAUUAUUCAUGAAAUGGAAGAGUAAAUAAAGUGUCACUUUUAGGUUUUCAUCAAAUGAAAUUUGUACUUUAAAGAAGUUGUAACACAAUAAGGCAGUUCCCUUUUUAAGGUUUCUAAUCUGCUUGUUUAUUGCUUCUUAUGCUUCUGCUAUUAUACUAAUACAAUUUUAGUUUUGGGAAUUUGUCCCUAUAGAAAA